AAGUAGUGCAAAUUUGCAAAGUGUCGAAAUCGUUUAGAAGUUACAAUAUACAAUAUGUCGAAAACAACAAACAGAAAGGCUUUAGAAUUGCUUUUUGAUCGUCCUCUUGAGCCUGUUUUUACAGCUAGAGACGAUGGAAAAGCUGUGUUUGAUUUGCCUGAAAGUUAUUAUAACGAACAAUAUGUAGAUGUCAAGGACGAAAUUCAAUCAAGGUUUAGCGAAGAUGUCGAUGUUAAGAUCCCUUUACGCGAAUUAAAGCCGAAGCCUGACUUAAGUUUUACCCGACUAUUGGGAAAGAGAAAACAAUUUUCACUUUUUAACAGCAUCCAUCGAUCUAUUGCUGCUCGUUUAAUUGAUAUUUUUAUGAGCACUCCAAACGAAGAUAUAUUUAUUGCAACGUGUGCUUAUUGCAAAGAUCGCGUUAAUCCUUUUCUAUUUCAAUAUUGUUAUUCUGUAGCAGUGCAACACAGGAAGGACACUAGCGACUUUCCUGUAAAACCAAUUGCAGAAACAUUCCCACAAAAUUUUAUUGAACCAGCUGUUUUUAAAGAUGCUCGUGCCGAAGGAGAAGUUGUUCCCAAUCCAGGAGACAGACGUCAUAUCGAAAUUCCUCGUAAUUACACGGCUUCCGACCGGGAGGAAGAGCAACGGCUGGGCUAUUUUCGUGAAGAUAUUGGUGUAAAUAGUCAUCAUUGGCAUUGGCAUUUGGUGUACCCGGGCAAUGGACCAAUUGAUAUCGUCAAAAAAGAUCGUCGCGGUGAACUAUUUUAUUAUAUGCACCACCAGAUCUUAGCCCGGUAUAAUGUGGAACGCCUAUGCAACGGUUUAAAAAAAGUAAAAAUCUUUAAUAACGUACGUGAACCCAUAACAGAAGGUUAUUUUCCAAAAAUAAUGAGCAGUUUAAACAAUCGUACAUACCCGUCAAGGAAUACUAACACUAAAUUACAGGAUAUCGAUCGAGAGGACUCAAAACUGGAAAUUGCAGAUUUAGAACGUUGGACUGAUCGUAUUGUGACUGCCAUUGAUCAAGGAUUUGUGGUAGAUAGUCAAGGCAAACAAAUACCAUUAGAUUCGAAAAAGGGUAUUGAUAUUUUGGGUGAUAUAGUGGAAUGCACAAUUUUGUCAGUUAAUCCUACUUUUUAUGGAAAUCUUCAUAAUGAAGGUCAUAAUGCCAUAUCAUUUUGCCACGAUCCAGAUGCACGAUUCUUAGAGGAUUUCGGUGUAAUGGGUGAUGUUACUACUGCUAUGCGAGAUCCCGUUUUUUAUAGAUGGCAUGGUUUUAUUGAUUCCAUCUUUAAUAGACACAAAGAGCGUUUAGAUCCAUACAGCAGCAAGGAUUUAGAAUUUAAUGGAGUAAUUGUUACUAAAUUAGAAGUGCGCAUACAAUCACUCAAGGCAACUCCCAAUACAUUGCUAACAUACAUGGAAAGAUCUGAUGUAAAUUUAGCAGCUGGUCUAGACUUUGGUCCCAAGGGAAAUAUUUAUGCCACAUUUACUCAUUUGCAACAUGCCCCCUUCGAGUAUGUGAUUGAUGUGACAAACAACGAUAAGAAACCAUUGAAGGGCACAUGUCGCAUAUUCCUUUGUCCCAAAUCAGAUGAACGCGGUACUCCACUUGGCCUGAAUGAUCAACGUCAACUAGCUAUCGAAAUGGACAAAUUCACAGUAAACUUAAUGCCAGGACCGAACAACAUACGCCAAUUAUCAAAGAAAUCAAGCAUUACAAUUCCCUAUGAACGCACAUUUAGACCUAUUGGACCUGACUAUCAGCCCACCGAUAUGGAGCGUUUGGCCGAAUUCCGAUUCUGUGGUUGUGGCUGGCCAGAACACAUGCUUUUACCUAGGGGUAAACCAGAGGGUAUGUCAUUUGAUUUGUUCGUCAUGAUUUCUGAUUUCACAGGAGAUGCAGUGCAGCAAAUUAAUAACAAUCCGGAUAUAUGUGGGGACUCAUCCUCCUUCUGUGGUCUUAAGGAUAAAUUGUAUCCUGACAAUCGCACCAUGGGAUACCCAUUCGAUAGACGCCUACAAGUAGGGUCACUUAAGGAACUAACUAACACAUUUUCUAAUAUGUCUAUGACUGAUGUGGUCAUACGUUUCAAUGAUGUCAUUGUUGAUCGAAAGAACUAAAUUAUUCAUUUUUUAUUUAAUAUUAUACUAUUCCUUUGAAAUUACCAGUAAAAAAAAAUUAAAUUUGUUAAUAAUCUAACAGCCUACUUGUGUAUCAAAUCCACUUCUUAAUAAUUAUAAUUUUGUUUAAAUAAUAAAAUCUUAAAGAAAAAUA